UAUAUAUAAAAAUGGCAGCCUCCAUGUAAAAGAAAUUCUAGAUUCUGUUUGUGCAUAUUGCACUGUUAAAGAGAUAGAAUGUCUUCUACGUUAACUGAUCAAUCGCCUCCUGAACCAGAUAAAGUGGUAGUUCAAGAAAUAAUUAACACAAUCAAGUCACAGGGCGUUUUUGAUCAGUUUAGGAAAGAAUGUCUUGCUGAUGUUGACACAAAGCCAGCAUAUCAAAAUUUACAGCAAAGAGUAGAAAACUAUGUAACAAGAUUUUUGUCAAAACAACAAUGGAGUCCAAAUUUGAGCAAAAAUCAACUUCGAGAAAAUCUUCGAAAGCAGAUCAACCAAUCUGGGAUGUUAACUAAUGGUGUAGAACGUAUUAUUGAACAAGUAGUUAAUCCAAAAAUAUUUCAGUUUAUUAAACCAAGAAUAGACGAAGUUGUAUGUCAACAUUUAGGUAUUGAUCCAAAACAAAGACAAGAGGAGUUACAUCAACGUAAAUUACAACAACAAUCGUCACAGCUUGGAAAUGCAAAUAACAGGUUACCUGCUGGUUAUAAUCAGAAUUCACCAUAUACACAGCCCACAAACUGGCAACAACAAAUGCCAUUUGGUUCUCAAAAUAUUCCAGUGAAUUUAGCCUUUCCUCAGCAAUUUGGUUUUAAUCCACUUCAACCUACAUUUCCACAAAUACCAGGAUGGGGUGGACUUUAUCCUCCAGGAUUGGAACCAUUUAAUGCAUCUGCUCCACCCCCAGGGGUUCCACCUAUAGGAAGCAUGGCUGCUCCGCCACUUCCAACCGAUCAACCAAUUGCCCCGGGAACAGAGCAAGCGCCACUACCCCCUCCUAAUGACCCAGCACCCCCUCAAGAUUCAGCUACACCUCCACCACCUGGUCCCGAUGAACCACGGAGCAAAACACCAGAGUCUAAAGCACAAGAUGGAAUGUCUAAAACAUCAGGAUCUCCAAUGGAUUUGGAUGAAAAUAGUCGUGGAUCUUCCAUCACUGAGGUGGAAAUGGCGGAUGUGGAGGUUGAAACAGUGACUGUUACUGCUGCAGAAAAAAAUGUUGCAAAUAAAACAAAUGAAAAUAUUAAUGAGAAUAAUAAAUCUAACAAGAAGCAAUAUAAAUUUGCUUGGAGUAAGGACACUGGUGAAGAAGAUAUUUCAGACUCAGAACUGAGCUCGAUUCAUACCAGUGAUUUAUCAUCAUUUGAAUAUUCAUCAUUAAGUGAUAGUGAGGAGGAUGAACUGUCCAUACAGAAAUCACCCUUCAAAUCUCCUGUCAAGCCUUUGAAAGAAAUCAGCAAUAAAGAGGAGGUUACUCUAGGAAAAGAAACUAGUGAACAAUCUAAAAUUAAUAAUGAAGAAGCCAGUUUAUCAACACCACCUAAACCUAGAAAACUUCUAUCUUUAACAUAUAAUCUUAGUGAUAGUGAUGAUGAGGAGACACGAGAAGAGAGGAAAGCCAGAAUUGCCAAAGAAAAAGCUGAAAGGUAUCAUAAGAGAAUACAAAGAAGAGCUGAUAUUGAUGCUAAAAAGAAGGAAAAGGAGGAGGAAAGAGCCAGAUUGAGAGAAGAAAGAAAGAAAAAACAAAAACAAGAAUCAGAAUUAGAAACCUCCCGAGAUGAAAGGACUGAAAGCUCACAAAAUGAAUCAAGAACUGAAGAUCAAAUUUCUUCAUCUAUGGAUACUGAAGAUGAUAAAAAAGAAAAACCAGUUAAAAAGCGCAAAACUAAAGAAGAGAGGAAAGAACAGUUAUUGCAACAGAAACGUCUGGGACUUCGGAGACAUAGAACAAGAAAUAGACGAUACACAUCAGAGGAAUUUACAUCAAUAUUUACAGAACAAAAACAACCCUUCUCUAGUCGAAAUUAUUCUCAAGAUAUGGAGGAAUUAGAGACUGAAAUAAUAGAAACUGAGACAAUCGAAAUAGAUAAUACUAUGAAUUAUACCAUGGAAAACUUUGAAGUCAGUGAAAUUGAAAUGCCUGUUCAGAGUCCUCCAACACCAACUCAAGAUGAGUUAUGUCCCCCUGAAAAUGUAGCAGAUAUCCCUUUACCUGAUAGUCCCCUGCCUGUUAUUGAACUACCACAAUCAGCUCUUAUGUCGGUUACUUUAGUUCCUAAGUUUGACGAGUCACAGACUAUAGUUCAGCCACAUUCUCCAUCAAGUGACAUUUCUGAGAAUUCUAAAGCUGGCUCAGAUAAAUCUGGUGCGAGGAAGAGAAAUAUCUCUGGUGAAAGCAGUCAUUCAGAAAAGGCAGCGACUCGAAGAUCUCAGAGAAAUUUAGCAACAACUGAACCUACAGCUACAAGAUCAAGGCGUGAAUCAAUGAGAGGGAAAUCCCCAGAAGGCAGUCGAUCUAAAACUAGUCAACGUUAUGAUACAUCUGAUUUAUAUAAACCUAGAAUUAGUCAUCGUAGACCCUGUACUCCACCAGUUUCUAGAGGAUCAGAUGUAUCCAUCUCACCAAGUGUUGAAACAAGAUCAUCUAAAAGACUGGCAUCAACAGAAACUAUACCAGAUCCAGAAAAAUUCAUAGAAAAACGAGAGAGUAGUUCAGAGUCUGUGACUGAGUUAGAAGAUGGUAGUGUAUCUGUUUCCUGUACCCUUGAAGUUUUACAAGGGGCUUUAGAAGUUGUUGAUGUGGAAAGUGGACAAUUGAAAACACUAUCAGCAGAAAUGGUGGAAUCUUCAGUUAUUAGUAUGGGAGAAACAGAAGUGAUGGAAACAGAUGUAAUAACAGAAGAACAAGUAACUGAAGUAUCUGUGACAACCGAAGAAGUUCCUGAAGAACAAACUGAAAUAUGUGUAGAAGAUUCAAAACAAGAUGAUGACUCAGUCUCCAUUGAAAUAUUAUCUGUGAAAGAUGAUCAAAAAUCUUCUAAAUCAACAUCCAGGGCAUCAUCUAGGUCUAGAUCUGCUAGAACAUCUAGAACAUCAUCUAAAUCACGAUCACAUUCCAGAUCACGUCGUUCCAGAUCCCUUGGUUCAAGAUCCCCUCGUUCUCGUUCUAGAUCAAAGUCUCUUUGCUCUCGUUCCAGAUCUAAAUCUCAUUCUAGACGAUCCAGAUCAUAUUCCAGGUCACGGUCUUACUCCAGAUCAAGAUCUUACUCCAGAUCACGGUCAUAUUCAAGGUCAAGAUCCAUAUCAAGAUCAAGAUCAUACUCCAGCUCUAGAUAUUCAAAACGUUCUUCCAAGUCAAGAUCAAGGUCAAGAAUGAGAUCAAGAUCCAAAUCGAAAAGUACAGAAACAAUAUCUGAAGAAGAGGAGGAUGGAGAACUAUUUGUUAAGAGAAGGAAGACACCAAUAGAUCAGGUUUAUUUUGGUGAAGCUGAGAGAAGAGUAAGAGAGAUUGUACGGAAACCUGUAACAGAAGUCAAUUUUGGUUUAGCUGAACAACAUGCCAGACAUAGAACACAGUGGAACCCUGGAUGGCAACAAAAACCAUUGAAAACUAGGGGAGGUAUGUUUCAGCAGAAGAAUUAUAGAGGUUCUCAAAGAGGAUCAUAUUCUGAUCAAAGAGGUUUAAGCAGAUCUGAUGAUUUGAGUAGAUCCCCCACUAAAGAAGCGUAUAUAUCUCCUAGUAAACGGUAUUAUAGUCCUGGUGAUUCAGACCCAUACAAACCAUCCUCUCCUACUUACAGACCAAUAUCACCCGGCCCUUUUGUACCAGCUUCCCCAACUGAAUCAAGAUCUUUUCGUCCGUUAUCACCAACACCAAGAGCAAGUUUCAGACCCCCGUCCCCAGGUUCACCUAUAGCACGAUCUAGCUAUCGUCCCCCAUCUCCGUCUGGAGGACGCCAAGGAUUUCGUCCCCCAUCACCAACAGACACAAGAACUAGUUUUAGAUCAUCAUCUCCUACUGGUUACCAUUCAGCUUCUCCCUACAAGCGACCGUCAUCUCCACGAACCACCUACAGGACCAACUCUCCUACAUCAACAUCAAUGUCCGGUUACAAAUCAGAUCCUUGUAGACCACUGGGUCGACCUUUGACCCCACCGACUAUUUCUGCCAAUUUACAAACAUCACCAAUAUCAUCUUCACCAUCUGAAGGUCAAUGUACACCAAGUCCUGAAUACGAGGCACCAGAAACUAGAGGAAGAUCUUCAGUAUCAUCACCACCAAUAGAUCAACCUAGUAGAGGAAGAAGACCUAGAAGUCCAGAUGAUUCUUCUAUACCAAUAAAUACCCCUCUGUCAUCGUCAGGAUCUAUGAUGCAGCAAUCUAGACGACUGAGUCAGCGAUCAACACCCCCCUCACCCCCUCCUGUGAGAGAAACAAGGAGAACUAGAGCACCUUCACCACCACCUGUACACUUCACAAGAAGUCACAGAGAAAAAAGUCCCCCAGCUAAAAGACCUAGAAGAUAAAACUGCGAAAAAUCAAAAAGUUGUUAUAUCACAAUAUAGAAAUAAAUAUAUUUCUAGUCCUAAUUUUUACAGUGAUAAGAGAAGAAAGUUUCUAUGAUGUAGAUAAUGAAAAUGUUUAAGUUGAUAAAUAGGUUCAUAUAGUUGUAAAAUGAUUGUAAAAAGUGAAUGAUUAAAAAAAGGUGACUUU